UAGUUUUUUUUUUCCGUUAGUCGAGUAAAACCUCAGUGUGUCGAUAGAGAGAUAGAUAUAGAGAGAUCCACACUGGCGUUAGAGAUCUAGGGUUUAUCCGUCGUCAUGUGGAACAACAACGACGGUAUGCCGUUAGCCCCUCCCGGCACCGGCGUCUCGAUGAUUCCUCCACCGCAUCCUUCUUACACUUCCCUUCCUCCGCCGCAUCCUUCUAAUCCGACUCCUCCUCCGGUCGAGCCUACUCCCGAGGAAGCCGAGGCGAAGCUCGAGGAGAAGGCGCGCAAGUGGAUGCAGCUGAACUCGAAACGCUACGGCGACAAGAGGAAGUUCGGAUUCGUGGAAACUCAGAAGGAGGACAUGCCACCUGAGCACGUCAGGAAGAUUAUCAGGGAUCAUGGUGAUAUGUCAUCGAAGAAGUUUCGUCACGAUAAACGUGUAUACCUUGGAGCUCUUAAGUUCGUUCCUCACGCGGUCUUCAAGCUACUGGAGAAUAUGCCUAUGCCUUGGGAGCAGGUUCGAGAUGUUAAGGUUCUGUACCACAUUACCGGAGCUAUUACAUUCGUUAACGAGAUUCCAUGGGUUGUGGAACCUAUUUACAUGGCUCAGUGGGGUACUAUGUGGAUUAUGAUGCGAAGGGAGAAGAGGGAUCGUCGUCAUUUCAAGAGGAUGCGGUUUCCACCGUUUGAUGAUGAGGAGCCUCCACUGGACUACGCAGACAACUUGUUGGACGUUGAUCCUCUUGAGCCAAUUCAGUUGGAGCUCGACGAGGAAGAAGAUUCUGCUGUGCACACUUGGUUCUAUGACCACAAGCCACUAGUAAAGACCAAACUGAUUAAUGGUCCCAGUUACAGGAAGUGGAAUCUCUCUCUUCCGAUUAUGGCUACCCUUCACAGGCUUGCGGGCCAGUUGUUGUCGGAUUUGAUCGAUCGCAACUACUUCUACUUGUUUGACAUGCCGUCAUUCUUCACCGCCAAGGCUCUGAACAUGUGCAUACCUGGUGGUCCUAAGUUUGAGCCUUUGUACCGUGAUAUGGAGAAAGGGGAUGAAGACUGGAAUGAGUUUAACGACAUCAACAAGCUUAUCAUUCGUUCCCCUCUUCGAACUGAGUACAGAAUAGGUUUUCCUCACCUGUACAACAAUCGUCCCAGGAAAGUCAAACUCUGUGUGUAUCACAGUCCUAUGGUGAUGUAUAUAAAGACAGAGGAUCCUGAUCUUCCUGCCUUUUAUUAUGAUCCGUUGCUUCACCCGAUAAGCAACACCAAUAAGGAAAGGCGUGAAAGGAACGUUUAUGAAGAUGAUGGUGAGGAUGACUUCACCUUACCAGAGGGAGUGGAACCUUUGCUAAAAGACACCCACCUCUACACUGACACUACAGCUGCUGGCAUUUCGUUGCUGUUUGCCCCACGACCUUUCAAUAUGAGGUCUGGGAGAACAAGGCGGUCAGAAGAUAUUCCCCUGGUGUCAGAGUGGUUCAAGGAGCACUGUCCUCCAGCUUAUCCUGUUAAAGUUCGAGUUAGUUACCAAAAGCUUUUGAAGUGCUAUGUUCUGAAUGAGUUGCACCAUAGACCACCUAAAGCCCAGAAGAAGAAGCACUUAUUCCGCUCUCUUGCGGCUACAAAGUUUUUCCAAAGUACUGAGUUGGAUUGGGUUGAAGUGGGUCUGCAAGUCUGCAGGCAGGGGUAUAAUAUGCUGAACCUGCUGAUCCACAGGAAGAAUUUGAACUACCUGCACCUUGACUACAACUUCAACCUGAAGCCUGUUAAAACAUUGACCACCAAAGAGCGAAAGAAGUCGCGUUUUGGGAACGCUUUCCAUCUCUGCCGUGAGAUCCUCCGGCUGACAAAGCUUGUAGUUGAUGCAAAUGUCCAGUUCCGACUUGGAAAUGUUGAUGCUUUCCAGUUGGCUGACGGUCUGCAGUAUAUUUUCUCCCAUGUUGGUCAGUUGACGGGUAUGUAUCGUUAUAAAUACAGACUGAUGAGGCAGAUUAGGAUGUGCAAGGAUUUGAAGCACUUGAUAUAUUACCGUUUCAAUACCGGUCCUGUUGGUAAGGGACCAGGGUGUGGAUUUUGGGCUCCAAUGUGGAGGGUAUGGUUGUUUUUCCUUCGUGGAAUAGUUCCUCUUCUUGAACGAUGGUUAGGGAAUCUGCUUGCUCGUCAGUUUGAGGGGCGUCAUUCAAAAGGAGUUGCCAAAACUGUCACAAAACAGAGAGUUGAAAGCCACUUCGAUUUGGAACUGCGCGCUGCUGUCAUGCAUGACGUUCUUGAUGCCAUGCCAGGUUUCCCUUCUUUCAAAUGUGUUUUUACUAAUCAUGAAAUUGUUCUAUAUUCUUUGGUUGAUAUUUUCUUGUUAUGUGCAGAGGGUAUCAAGCAAAACAAAGCUCGGACAAUAUUACAGCACCUCAGCGAGGCAUGGCGAUGUUGGAAAGCUAAUAUCCCGUGGAAGGUCCCUGGGUUGCCCGUGCCAAUUGAGAAUAUGAUCCUGCGUUAUGUCAAGUCUAAGGCUGAUUGGUGGACAAAUGUUGCUCACUACAAUCGUGAGCGUAUCAGAAGAGGGGCUACUGUUGAUAAGACCGUUUGUAGAAAGAAUCUGGGAAGGUUGACACGACUUUGGCUAAAGGCAGAACAGGAACGGCAGCACAAUUACCUGAAAGAUGGUCCAUAUGUCACUCCAGAGGAAGCACUAGCAAUUUAUACAACAACUGUCCAUUGGUUGGAAUCGAGGAAAUUUUCUCCAAUUCCAUUCCCGCCACUGUCUUACAAACAUGACACAAAGUUGCUUAUCCUGGCCCUUGAGAGACUGAAGGAAUCAUACAGUGUUGCCGUGAGGUUGAAUCAGCAGCAGCGAGAGGAGCUUGGUCUGAUAGAACAAGCGUAUGACAAUCCUCAUGAAGCUCUGUCACGAAUUAAACGUCAUCUUCUCACCCAGCGCGGCUUCAAAGAGGUUGGCAUAGAGUUUAUGGAUCUAUACAGCUACCUGAUUCCAGUUUAUGAGAUAGAGCCUCUGGAGAAAAUUACUGAUGCCUACCUUGACCAAUACUUGUGGUACGAGGGUGAUAAGCGCCACUUGUUCCCAAACUGGAUCAAGCCAGCAGACUCAGAGCCGCCACCACUUCUGGUUUACAAGUGGUGUCAAGGUAUCAAUAAUUUACAAGGCAUAUGGGACACAGGAGAUGGGCAAUGUGUGGUGAUGCUCCAGACUAAGUUUGAAAAAUUCUUUGAAAAGAUUGAUUUGACCAUGUUGAACAGGCUGCUUCGUUUGGUUCUUGACCACAAUAUUGCGGAUUAUGUGUCUGCCAAGAAUAACGUGGUUCUGUCUUACAAAGAUAUGAGUCAUACUAACUCGUAUGGUCUGAUUAGGGGACUUCAGUUUGCAUCUUUUGUUGUUCAGUUUUAUGGACUAUUGCUUGAUCUGUUGCUUCUUGGUUUGACUCGGGCAAGCGAAAUUGCUGGGCCACCACAGAUGCCUAACGAGUUUAUGACGUUUUGGGAUACAAAAGUGGAGACACGGCAUCCCAUAAGACUGUAUUCUCGGUAUAUAGACAAAGUUCAUAUAAUGUUCAAAUUUACCCAUGAAGAAGCCAGGGAUCUUAUUCAGCGCUAUCUUACUGAGCAUCCUGAUCCCAACAAUGAAAACAUGGUGGGAUACAACAAUAAGAAGUGCUGGCCAAGAGAUGCAAGGAUGAGGUUGAUGAAACAUGAUGUCAAUCUUGGUAGAAGUGUCUUCUGGGACAUGAAGAAUCGUCUUCCUCGGAGCAUCACAACUUUGGAGUGGGAGAAUGGCUUUGUCUCUGUCUACAGCAAGGAUAAUCCCAACCUGCUCUUCAGCAUGUGUGGAUUUGAAGUUCGCAUACUUCCAAAAAUCAGGAUGACUCAGGAAGCUUUCAGCAACACAAGAGAUGGUGUCUGGAAUCUGCAAAAUGAGCAGACCAAGGAGAGGACUGCCGUUGCUUUUCUGCGAGUUGAUGAUGAACAUAUGAAGGUGUUUGAGAAUCGUGUGAGGCAGAUCCUUAUGUCUUCAGGAUCAACCACCUUCACCAAAAUUGUCAAUAAAUGGAAUACAGCUUUAAUUGGUCUCAUGACUUACUUUCGUGAAGCCACUGUGCAUACGCAAGAGCUCUUGGAUCUACUGGUCAAGUGUGAAAACAAAAUUCAAACGAGGAUUAAGAUAGGGCUGAACUCAAAGAUGCCUAGUCGGUUUCCUCCAGUUAUCUUCUACACUCCAAAGGAAAUUGGUGGGCUGGGAAUGUUGUCAAUGGGUCAUAUUUUGAUUCCCCAAAGUGACCUUCGGUACAGCAAGCAGACAGAUGUUGGGGUAACCCACUUUAGGAGUGGAAUGAGCCAUGAGGAAGAUCAGCUUAUACCAAAUCUAUAUCGUUACAUACAGCCAUGGGAGAGUGAGUUUAUUGAUUCACAGCGGGUGUGGGCAGAGUAUGCUUUAAAGCGGCAGGAAGCACAGGCCCAAAAUAGGCGUCUUACAUUGGAGGAUUUGGAGGACUCUUGGGAUAGGGGAAUUCCUCGAAUAAAUACCCUCUUUCAGAAGGAUAGGCACACGUUAGCGUAUGAUAAAGGUUGGAGGGUUCGAACCGACUUUAAGCAGUACCAAGUCCUCAAGCAAAAUCCUUUCUGGUGGACGCACCAGAGACAUGAUGGGAAGCUGUGGAAUUUAAACAAUUACCGAACUGAUGUUAUCCAAGCUCUUGGAGGUGUUGAGGGUAUCCUUGAGCACACUUUAUUCAAGGGGACAUAUUUCCCAACAUGGGAGGGUCUUUUCUGGGAGAAGGCAUCUGGGUUUGAGGAGUCGAUGAAAUAUAAGAAGCUGACGAAUGCACAGAGGUCUGGUCUGAACCAGAUUCCAAAUAGAAGAUUCACGCUUUGGUGGUCGCCAACAAUAAAUCGAGCGAAUGUUUAUGUGGGUUUCCAAGUGCAGUUGGAUCUGACAGGAAUUUUUAUGCAUGGAAAGAUUCCUACACUGAAGAUAUCUCUGAUUCAGAUUUUCCGUGCCCAUUUGUGGCAAAAGAUCCAUGAGAGUGUUGUUAUGGAUCUUUGUCAAGUAUUGGACCAAGAGUUGGAUGCUUUGGAGAUUGAAACUGUUCAGAAGGAGACAAUUCAUCCAAGGAAGAGUUAUAAGAUGAACAGCUCUUGCGCUGAUGUUCUUCUGUUUGCUGCCCAUAAAUGGCCAAUGUCAAAACCAAGCCUGGUUGCUGAGUCAAAGGAUGUGUUCGACCAGAAAGCUAGCAACAAGUAUUGGAUAGACGUGCAACUUCGGUGGGGAGAUUAUGAUUCCCAUGAUAUUGAGCGUUAUACUCGGGCCAAAUUCAUGGAUUAUACAACUGAUAACAUGUCAAUCUAUCCAUCUCCAACAGGUGUAAUGAUUGGGCUUGAUUUGGCAUACAAUUUACAUUCUGCCUUUGGCAAUUGGUUCCCAGGUUCUAAACCUCUUCUUGCUCAAGCGAUGAACAAGAUCAUGAAGUCUAAUCCAGCUCUGUACGUGUUGAGAGAGAGGAUAAGGAAAGGUUUGCAAUUGUACUCAUCUGAGCCUACAGAGCCAUAUUUGUCAUCGCAAAACUAUGGUGAAAUAUUCAGCAAUCAAAUUAUAUGGUUUGUCGAUGAUACCAAUGUCUACCGUGUCACAAUUCACAAGACAUUUGAAGGAAAUUUAACAACGAAGCCUAUCAAUGGUGCGAUCUUUAUUUUUAAUCCAAGAACUGGGCAGCUAUUCCUGAAGGUUAUCCAUACAAGCGUUUGGGCUGGUCAGAAGCGUCUUGGUCAGCUAGCUAAAUGGAAAACUGCUGAAGAGGUGGCUGCCCUUGUGCGGUCUCUCCCUGUUGAAGAACAGCCAAAACAAGUUAUUGUUACUCGCAAAGGAAUGCUCGAUCCCCUUGAGGUCCACUUACUGGAUUUCCCCAACAUUGUUAUCAAGGGAAGUGAACUGCAGCUUCCGUUCCAGGCGUGCCUUAAGAUUGAGAAAUUUGGUGAUCUGAUUUUGAAGGCCACAGAACCACAGAUGGUCCUAUUCAAUAUCUAUGAUGAUUGGUUGAAGAGUAUCUCUUCGUACACUGCCUUUUCAAGACUCAUUCUGAUCCUUCGUGCGCUUCACGUGAAUAAUGAGAAGGCUAAGAUGUUGUUGAAGCCCGACAAAUCUGUUGUCACUGAGCCACAUCACAUCUGGCCCUCUCUCACUGACGACCAGUGGAUGAAGGUGGAGGUAGCUCUUAGGGAUCUUAUCCUAUCUGACUACGCAAAGAAGAACAAUGUGAAUACCUCAGCUCUGACGCAAUCAGAGAUCAGAGAUAUUAUCCUUGGAGCUGAGAUUACCCCACCCUCUCAACAGAGGCAACAGAUAGCUGAGAUUGAGAAACAGGCAAAAGAAGCCAGCCAGAUUAAUGCUGUCACAACCAGAACGACAAAUGUUCAUGGUGAGGAGCUCAUUGUCACUACUGUUAGCCCCUACGAGCAAACUGCAUUCGGUUCCAAAACAGAUUGGCGUGUGCGUGCAAUAUCAGCUACCAACCUCUACCUCAGAGUCAAUCACAUCUACGUGAACUCGGAUGACAUAAAGGAGACCGGAUACACAUACAUCAUGCCAAAGAACGUCCUGAAGAAGUUCAUAUGCAUAGCAGAUCUUCGCACUCAAAUUGCUGGAUAUCUCUAUGGUAUAAGCCCCCCUGAUAAUCCCCAGGUGAAGGAAAUCCGUUGUGUUGUGAUGGUGCCGCAGUGGGGAAGUCAUCAGCACCUUAACCUGCCGUCAGCUCUUCCUGAGCAUGAAUUCUUAAAUGAUCUCGAGCCAUUGGGAUGGCUGCACACACAACCUAACGAGCUCCCUCAGUUGUCACCACAAGAUGUUACCUCUCAUUCCCGCAUUCUGGAGAACAACAAGCAAUGGGAUGGAGAAAAAUGUAUCAUCCUGACAUGCAGUUUCACACCGGGAUCCUGCUCUUUGACAUCAUAUAAGUUGACCCAAACCGGAUAUGAGUGGGGACGUCUCAACAAGGACACAGGCGGCAAUCCUCAUGGCUACCUUCCCACCCAUUAUGAGAAGGUUCAAAUGCUAUUGAGUGACCGGUUCCUCGGGUUUUACAUGGUUCCUGAGAACGGACCGUGGAACUACAACUUUAUGGGAGUGAAGCACACGGUGGGGAUGAAAUACAGCGUCAAACUUGGAACCCCAAAGGAGUACUAUCACGAGGAACAUCGACCCACUCAUUUCCUGGAGUUCAGCAACAUGGAGGAGGCUGACAUCGCUGAGGGAGAUCGUGAAGACACCUUUACUUGACCAUUAUGUUUUAACCACGUUUUGUUACUUCCUUGCUAGACUUGUAGUGUCGUAUGUACUAGGCAAAUAAGUAACUGAGUUUUACUGCAUUGUGUGCGGUAAAGAUUGAAAUGUCCCUACAUAUUUUGCCAGUAGAGAUAAAUCUUUUUUGUACGCAAUCGCUCAUGGAAGGUCAAGAAACUUAGUUCUGUCUUUCAAAACUAAAAUGCUAUUUUGGGUAGGAAGGCAACUUUCUUGUAACAAAAUGGGCAAAAGCUUGGUAUUUUUUUAGAGGGAUUAAAUAUAUAUUUACAGCA